CAGUAAGUCAGCAAUCAGUCAGUCAUUCAGUUAGUUAGUCAGUUUGGUUAGUCAGCCAUGUUUGGUUCCGAUGUCCUCAAUUUUAUUGGUAGCACCAUUACCCGGCCGUCCUCCAAUAGCACCAGCCAUGGAUCCGAUGUGCACACAAAGGAUGUGUGCAUGUUCCAGAGGACAACGCCCAGCGUAUCCAUAUUUCUCGUCUAUGGAUUGGCAGUGCCCACAUUGGCCUCGUUCGGACUGUGCGCCAAUUUGAUAAAUGCUGUAGUUUUCAUGCGUCCCAAGAUGACACCAUCUGCAUUCACUUACCUCGCCGCCUUGUCCUGCCUUGAUAGUGUUUCGUGUUUGCUCAUAUUGCUGACGGCGCUGGCUCGCAGCUAUUUCUAUAGGAGCGGCAUGUGGAUCGCCUUCGAUUAUCAGUGGCAGACGCCGCUCUUUGGCAUUAGCACAGGUGCUGCGAAUCUGAUCCUCGCCUGCGUCAGUCUAGAUCGUUUCAUCUAUUUGUGGCGCUUUAAGAGCAGCAGAUGUGCUCCGCAUUUCUGUCGUCGCAAAAUCGCUCGGCUUAUGAUCAGUGCGGUUUUAUUGAUAUCGGUGCUGACCAAUCUACCUUAUUUCUUUUGCUUCGUGGUGAAUUUGGAGACCGGCACGUGCCACGUCACCGAUUUCUACUACUCCAAAUACUAUCAGAUACACAACUGGUUCUCGUUUGCCCUGUUGGCCCUGCUGCCGGCUGUGUUUCUGCUGAUCGGGAAUAUGGCCAUCAUUGUAGCCUUUCGUCGCUGGACAAAACAGGGCAAGACUUGCCAGCAAAGCUGUGCCGGUAAUAAUAAUGCGCGCACAACCCAAAAACGCUUUCAGCAUCAAAUGAAGCUAACAAUUAGCAUACUGAUUGUCAUCACUUUGUAUAUGGUGGGUGAGCUGCCGGCGCAUAUGACCUCGAGGAAGAGUUCGCUGAACUUGCUCUUUGGCGGCGACACGAGUAAGAUGGAUGAGGAGAUGAUGGAGCAUCUGGAAGUCAUAUUUAUAACACUGAAUGCCCUACAGCUGAGCAUGAAUAUUGUCGUCUAUGCGGUGAUCAAUCCAAGUUUUAUGCCCGAGUUUUUUCUCUGUUUGCGUGGCGCUUCCGAUUUUUGCUUUCAUCUCUGCUGCCUGCCACAUAUGGCGUUGGCCUGCAAACGUUGUUGCACCAACUGGCGGCAGCAUCCAAUUGCCGAGGAGUGUGUGGUGAGCAGUGUGGAGCCAGCACAGCUGCCAGCGGAUGAGGCACCACACUGUGGCUGCGAAAGUUGGAGCAGCGAUUCAGCUUGCCUUGAACCCAGCCACACCAAAGCCAAUUUGGAAGGAACUUUCGCUUUUGUCGCGGAUGGUGCGGAACAGUGGACGGAGGAGGAGGAGCAGCAGAUCGAAUCUAAGAGACAGUCGGAGCCAGAAAUAUUUGCCACCAAGGAGAGCGGCUGCAUGCAGCUGGCUGUGCAGCAGAAGCCCGUUGAAGAUGCUACUCAUCUCAGUGGCACCAUCAAUAUGUGAUCUUAGUAGCGUGUGUGUGAUUUUUAUUUAUUUUCAAUAAAUUAAUGGAGUCUGUUG